AUGGAUGACAUACUACCAUUCCUUAGUGGUCAACCAUUUAGAUUACAAUCGAUUACAAAUGAAGAGUUUUAUCGAAGAGUACAGAGUAGAUGCAGAGCGUAUGGUGUUUUGGUACCAUCUGAAUCUUACAUGUACAAGCAUUUUUUGAGAAAAGAAUAUAUUCACCACACCAAAUAUGAUGUAGUAUGCAAAGAUUGUGAAGAAUUAAAGAAACUAGAGGCAUUGCAAGCACGUAGAGUUGAUCCAUAUCCAGCAAACUCAACCAAAGGUCUGAAAAUUGCAAAACUAAAGUUGCAUCAAUUUAUUGCUCACAAACAAAGAGAGAUAUAUGGACAACAAAAGCAAGCUGUAAUCAAUGAUCUAACUGGAGAAAGUGCUGUUAUUCUUAUGGAUUUCUCACAAAUCCAACACCAACAAUCUUUACGUCAAGCAUUAAUUAUAAGUGUUUAUUGCGUUCAAGAAAAUGCAGUAUACUUUACAUAUCACACAUACCUAGCACCAACAACGACCACAAAGAAUGAUUGCGCGUUUGUAAUUGGUUGUCUUCUAAAAUUCUUAACAAAUGAACCAGUAUUUAAGACAAUCAAAAAGUUAAAUAUUUGGACCGAUGGAUGUACAAAGCAUUUUAAAAUGACAACUAACAUUUAUCAUGGAUGUAAUUCUUGUGACGCAGCUGCAUCCCAAAUUAAGCAAAAGAUUAAUGUAUUACAAAGAGAUACUGGCAUCCCUUUGUAUACUGUGCAACAAGUUCGAGAUGUAAUCAAUACAAUGGCUAACCAUAGAGCUCAGAUAGCUCAUAUCACCACCAAACCCUCAGCACCUCCCACAAUGACAAAUAUUACAAAAAAUCAUAGAUAUAUAUUCAAUGUUGAGAAUAACACAAUCUCAGCAUAUCAACAUAGUGGUGAAGUAGGCAAUCCAGUUGUGUAUAAUGCUAAUAUUGAGGUCAUAGCCAAUGUUGUGAAUGCUGACCCAUAUUUAACUGACGAUUUGGAAUAUCUAUUGGAGGAUUUUGCACGAUUAGAUCAAAAUAAUAAUGUACAAUAA